CCAAUAAUGUAACAAAACCAAAAUUUUAUGUCUUUGAUGGAGUGGAAUGGACUGGGAGACUCUGACUCCAAUAUUUCUUGAAAUCUAAGGCAAAAGCCGGCCAUUUUUGCCUAAAUUUCGAGAUAGGGGGGAGACUAAUUGAGUGAGGAAAAAAAAUAAUGAAGGGUUUUCGCCUAUGCUUUGCAAAUUUGUUUUUGGUUUUAGUGGGUGUUGCUUCAGCUCAUCGUGGGGAGCAGCCUUUGUCAAAUAUAGCAAUCCAUAGAGCUACUCUUGCACUUGAUCACUCACUCACCAUUAAAGUCUAUCCAUUUAUUCUUGCUCCCAAGGGUGGUGACACUGAAUGGAUAACUGUGGAUCUUGACAACCCCAAGCCAUCUCAUGAUGACUGGGUUGGAGUUUUCUCUCCAGCAAAUUUCAAUGGAUCCACAUGUUAUUUGGAAAAUGAUCACAAAGAACAGGCUCCAUAUAUUUGUACAGCCCCACUAAAGUACAACUUUGCAAAUUUCUCCAAUUCGGAUUAUGUGAAAACGGGAAAAACUUCUCUGAAGUUCCAAUUAAUCAAUCAGCGGGCAGAUUUCUCCUUUGCAUUGUUUACAGGCGGGUUGUCCAAUCCAAAGCUGGUAGGAGUUUCAAAUUACAUAUCAUUUCCAAAUCCUAAAGCACCACUUUAUCCACGGCUUGCUUUGGGGAAAUCAUGGAAUGAAAUGACAUUGACCUGGACAAGCGGCUAUAAUUUACUCGAAGCUGUUCCUUUCAUUGAAUGGGGUCGAAAAGGUUAUCCUCAACAUCGCUCACCAGCAGGAACAUUGACAUUUGAUAGAAAUACAAUGUGUGGUUCACCUGCUCGAACAGUUGGGUGGCGUGAUCCAGGGUUCAUACACACUAGCUUCAUGAAGGAUCUGUGGCCAAGCACCUUGUACACAUACAAGAUGGGUCACAUGUUGUCAAAUGGUUCCUACGUGUGGAGUAAGAUGUAUUCCUUUAGAUCAUCACCAUAUCCAGGACAAGACUCAUUGCAGCGUGUUAUAAUUUUUGGAGACAUGGGAAAGGCAGAGCGUGAUGGUUCAAAUGAGUAUAGUAAUUAUCAGCCGGGCUCACUGAAUACAACGGACCAACUCAUCAAUGACCUUAAAAACAUUGACAUUGUUUUCCAUAUAGGAGACAUUACCUAUGCCAAUGGUUACAUAUCACAAUGGGACCAAUUUACUGCACAAGUGGAACCUAUUGCAUCAACCGUACCCUAUAUGAUUGCAAGUGGUAAUCAUGAGCGUGAUUGGCCUGGAACUGGUUCCUUCUAUGAUGUUAUGGACUCUGGUGGAGAAUGUGGAGUGCUAGCUCAGACUAUGUUUUAUGUUCCUGCUGAUAAUAGAGCUAACUUUUGGUAUUCAACAGAUUAUGGCAUGUUUCACUUUUGCAUAGCAGACAGUGAGCAUGAUUGGAGAGAGGGGUCUGAGCAAUACAGAUUUAUUGAACAUUGUCUUGCGUCAGUAGACAGACAGAAGCAGCCUUGGCUGAUAUUUGCUGCUCAUCGGGUUCUUGGUUACUCUUCAGACAAAUGGUACGGCUUAGAAGGCUCAUUUGAGGAGCCCAUGGGAAGGGAAAGCUUGCAGAGGCUUUGGCAGAAGUAUAAAGUGGAUAUUGCAUUUUAUGGUCAUGUUCAUAACUAUGAAAGAACUUGUCCCAUUUAUCAGAACCAAUGUGUGAACUCGGAAAGAUCACACUAUUCUGGUAUUGUCAAUGGAACAAUCCAUGUUGUUGUGGGCGGCGGAGGGAGCCACUUAUCAGAAUUCACCCCAAUUAAUACCAGUUGGAGUCUUUACAGGGAUUACGAUUGGGGGUUCGUCAAGCUCACAGCAUUUAAUCAUUCAUCACUACUUUUUGAAUACAAAAAGAGUAGGGAUGGAAAAGUUUAUGAUUCUUUCACCGUCUCAAGGGACUAUAAAGAUGUCUUAGCUUGUGUUCACGAUGGUUGUGAGCCAACCACUCUUGCAUCUUGAAUCGAACUGUAAAAGUAUACUAGGGCAAAACAUUCAGCUACAGAAUUUGUUGGAAUUGGCACCAAUACAAUACAAGAAGCCAUAAUGUACACUAUCUUUGGUUUUAGCAAAUCUAUUCACUCCUCUGGCUGAA